AUUUUUUUUGAGUGUGUCAAAAAAGCUCUGUUUUAUUAUUAUUAUUUGUUGUCGUCCUCCAAUGUCAACUGCCUUGAUUUCCCGUCUGGCGAAAGUGACAUUGCAACAGUCCCGGCCGCGUUGGAUUGCAACCACCUCCUAUUUAUUGUCUUCAGCUAAAGCGUCAACGGCGGCAGCGGCUCCAGCAUUAGGCAACAAUAACAACAGCAGCAGUGCAGCAGCAGCUGCUGCUGCUGCUCCGUUACCGGCAUCGAACCGUGGAUCCGACGAUCCCGAAAUACCUGCAAAAGGAGGAUCGAUUGACAAUCCAACUGAUUCGAGCACUGCUGGAAAUCCGACCAAAGGCCGCAAGAUCACACGAAAAAGCAGACGAUCGCAACACGUUAUUCCAAAAUCGUUUCUUGACUCCAAUUACCUGCGCCAUCAAACGCUUCGAACACCAACGAUCCCUUCGAGUUAUUCAGAGCCGAUUCCGGACUAUCUGUGGGAGGAGCUCCGACUUGUGGUGGAGGCAGGUCUUGCACCCAAAGGCACAUUGGCUGCAUUCAACCAUUCGGAUCACAUUGUGCUGAAUGUGCCUGGUCGAGGAGCCACUUAUUUGCAAGACGCAAUCGCUAAGCAAUUAGCGGUGGAUGUGGGUGCAGAUCUCGUGGUGUUUGAUGCACAGGAUUUCAUCGCUUUGGCACAAAGCGGGGAUAGCAACGUAAUGACAUUACUGCCAUCGAUGUCUAGUUCAGAUACAGGAGCAUCUGCGGUACUUGCAAUUCGACCCAACAAUACGGCAUCCAACUCCAACAGCGCUGCUGCUGCUGCCACCGCGGAUUCUAGCAAAGCAGAAGAGCAGCCGGCAAUGUUCGAGUACGACUCGGAGCAGGAUGCUCUCAUAGGCAUCCUCGAACGAUUCGGUAACAGAACUUCGGAAGAGGAAAAGUCGGACGAUAAUAAGACAUCAUCCGAUCCACAAGCAAUUGCACCCAAAGCUAUGGCUGAAAUGACUGCUCGAUACAGCGCGGCAUUUGAACGUAUGUUACAGACGGGCAAAGAAAAAGGCAGCAGUUCCUCGACGGCAUCUGCAGCAGCAACAGCAACAACACCUAGCCAAACACCUAAACUGAUCUACUUGCGCGAUUAUGGCGAUAUGCAUGACUUGCCUUCUUCGUUGAUGCUCAAAGCACUCAUGAUGGCCAUCGAGCACUUGAAGCAAAAGGGCCAUCGACUCGUCGUUCUUGCCGGAUACUCGCCAACACUCGCAUCGACGCAUGUCAACUACAAGCUAGCACUCGAAGAACACGAAAUACCCCUCCUGUCAAGCAUGAAAUGCAUCAGCAUUCCACCGCCACUCAAUGACAGGGUCUUGCUAGACGCGUGGGAAUCUCAAAUGAGGAUGGAUACGGCACGAAGGAUGGGUGAAAUCAAUGCCAAACAGAUCCUCGCUAUUCUUCAACAAAAGAAUGUGACGGGGAUAAAGAACAUGCUGCAGGGCAACAGCAACAACAACAACAACAACAACACAGCUGCAUUAGUGACAGAACUGUCGAAAUUGGAAGGCAUCCAAGAGUCGGUUUGGACUGGCAUCGAAAUUGAACGGCACGUUACAUUCGCGAUUGGACAUGCGCUCAGACAUAAAAAGUCAGCGGUGGAUUUGGAAGACAUGGUUGCUGCGAACAGUGUUGUACGAAAGAGUGUAUCGGCACGGCGGCAGCUGGAUAAAACACUGGAGUUACAAAGGGUGCGGCUAGUUGCAGCAGGAAGCUCUGGCAGUAAUGACGGUGGUGCUGAUCUAGAUAUGGCGGAGCUCAAGAAACAUUGCGAUGAAUACGAGCAGCGGUUCCUAAGUCGUAUCGUUGAUCCAUCCAAGGUGCAGGUCUCCUUUGCAGAAAUUAGAGCCCCGUCAGCCACAAUCGAGACGUUGCAAACGUUGAUAACCCUGCCGCUGGUUCGGCCGGAUCUGUUUCGACGGGGCAUUUUGAAAAACAACUUUAUUCCAGGCGUAUUAUUGUUUGGUCCUCCAGGCACGGGCAAAACGAUGCUUGCCAAGGCUGUAUGCAAAGCAGGUGGCAGUCGGAUGCUGGAAGUGCAAGCGAGUGACAUUUACGAAAUGUAUCUCGGAGAAGGUGAAAAGAAUGUCAAGGCUCUGUUUUCGCUGGCCCGGAAAAUAAGCCCUGCAGUUAUCUUUAUUGACGAAGUAGACAGCAUCAUGAGCCGACGCCGAUCUGACUCGACGACGAACGCACACCGAGAAAUCAUCAACCAGUUCAUGGUCGAAUGGGAAGGCCUAGCGAGCGACAACCAGGGAGUGAUUGUGAUGGCAGCUACGAACAGACCUGCGGAUCUUGACGAUGCUAUCCUGAGAAGAAUGCCCAGACGGAUCUUAGUGGACUUGCCGAAAGAGGAAGACCGUGCAGAGAUCCUGAACAUGCUUCUUCGUGACGAGGAGGGACAUCUGGUGUCUGUGGCGGAGCUGGCGCGGGCCACGGAACACUACUCUGGUUCGGACCUGAAAAACCUCUGUGUGACAGCUGCGCUGAAGGCAGCACAAAAGGAAGCAGCGACGCAAAAGAAGCAAACACUGGGGCAGGCACAUUUCGACGAAGCGCUGAAACUGGUGCGGCCGAGCUCGAGUGAAGAGAUGGAUUCGAUCAAAGAAAUCCGGAAAUGGGCGUCCCAGUACGGCGAUGGAGGCACCAAGCGCAAGCAACAGUCGAUUGGAUUCUCGCACUAGUGUAGUAGAUGACGACGACGACGACGACGACGUAGUCCUUCUUCUUCUUCUUGCUCCAAUCCCAAGUCCAACAGUCAUGUGCAGUUCGCAGAGCAGAGUGGGGCACGGGGGGAACGGAACGCGUUCUUUCAUAUAUUUUUUAGACCCUCCUCCCCCUCUUA